AAUAAAAUUAAAUGUGGCAAGGGUCUUUUUAGAUGGUCCGUUAACAAAUCACUUUUCAAUAGUGUUUUUGAAGUACCCUGGAUAAUCAUUUUUUCAUCUGGGUUUUUGGUUUUCCGAUUAUUUAUUUGAUAAGCAAUUUUAUGUUAUCUAAAGUGUUACACAUUUAAUCCACAUUUUAUGUAAAAUACAUUUCUGCAUAUAGAUGGAGAUAUACAUACACACAUUUGCCCUUUUCUAAGCGGACUGUGUUUUGUACAUCUUUUUAGGAUGGUGAGGCAAAUAGUACUUUGAAUUUCUGUCCAGAUAGCUUAAACUGUUGGCUUCUUCUUGAUUAGUUUUUAGUCUCACUGAAAGUCCUCUCUUUCAGAUUACCUUCUUGAAGCAAAAAAUUUUCCUACCUGCUCAUACUUGGUGGCUGAGGGACUACAGAGAUUCCCUUCUUGCUCAUUUCUGAGUAUUGUCUGAACUCUUCUGACACUAUGACUGCUCUUUGGAUGCCUCUCAAGUCUGUUCUCUGGGGAGGCGGUAAGGGGCCGUGGAACUGGCCUCGGCACCGGGAGAGGCUGGACUUCCUGUCUCUCUGUGCUGAAUGGCUGCGAUGGCGCCCGCUCUCACUGACGCAGCAGCUGAAGCACACCAUAUCCGGUUCAAACUGGCUCCCCCAUCCUCCACUUUGUCCCCUGGCAGUGCCGAAAAUAACGGCAACGCCAACAUCCUUAUUGCUGCCAACGGAACCAAAAGAAAAGCCAUUGCUGCAGAGGAUCCCAGUUUAGACUUCCGAAAUAAUCCUACCAAGGAAGACUUGGGAAAGCUGCAACCAUUGGUGGCAUCUUAUCUCUGCUCCGAUGUAACAUCUGUACCCUCCAAGGAGUCGUUGAAAUUGCAAGGUGUCUUCAGCAAGCAGACAGUCCUUAAAUCUCAUCCUCUCUUAUCUCAGUCCUAUGAACUCCGAGCUGAGCUGUUGGGGAGACAGCCAGUUUUGGAGUUUUCCUUAGAAAAUCUCAGAACCAUGAAUACGAGUGGUCAGACAGCUCUGCCACAAGCACCUGUAAAUGGGUUGGCUAAGAAAUUGACUAAAAGUUCAACACAUUCUGAUCAUGACAAUUCCAGUCCCCUCAAUGGGGGAAAACGAGCUCUCACUUCAUCUUCUCUUCAGGGGGGUGAAGUGGUGGCAUCUGAAUCUGGGGACUUGAAGGGGGGUAUGACCAAUUGCACUCUUCCACAUAGAAGCCUUGAUGUAGAACACACAACUAUAUUUAGCAAUAAUAGCACUGCAAACAAAUCUUCUGUAAAUUCCAUGGAACAGCCGGCACUUCAAGGAAGCAGUAGGUUAUCACCUGGCACAGACUCCAGUUCUAACUUGGGGGGUGUCAAGUUAGAGGAUAAAAAGUCUCCCCUGUCUUCCAUUCUUUUCAGUGCUUUAGAUUCUGACACAAGGAUAACAGCUUUACUGCGGAGGCAGGCCGAUAUUGAGAGCCGUGCCCGCAGGUUACAGAAGCGCUUACAGGUUGUGCAAGCCAAGCAGGUGGAGAGGCAUAUACAGCAUCAGCUGGGUGGAUUUUUAGAGAAGACUUGGAGCAAACUGCCAAACUUGGAAUCCUUGAGGCCCCGGAGCCAGUUGAUGCUGACUCGAAAGGCUGAAGCUGCAUUGAGAAAAGCUGCCAGUGAGACCACCACUUCAGAAGGACUUAGCAAUUUCCUGAAAAGCGAUUCGAUUUCAGAAGAAUUGGAGAGAUUUACAGCUAGUGGUAUAGCUAACUUGAGGUGCAGCGAGCGAGCAUUUGAUUCAGACGUCACCGACAGUAGUUCAGGAGGAGAGUCUGAUAUUGAAGAGGAAGAACUGACCAGAGCUGAUCCUGAGCAACGCCAUGUACCCCUGAGGCGCAGGUCAGAGUGGAGAUGGGCUGCAGACCGAGCAGCUAUUGUCAGCCGCUGGAACUGGCUUCAGGCUCAUGUUUCUGACUUGGAAUAUCGAAUUCGGCAGCAAACAGAUAUUUAUAAGCAGAUACGUGCUAAUAAGGGGUUGAUAGUUCUUGGGGAGGCACCUCCCCCGGAGCAUACACCAACAGACUUAUUUCUUCCACUUAGUUCUGAGGUGAAGACGGAUCAUGGGAAUGAUAAAUUGAUCGAGUCUGUUUCUCAGCCACUGGAAAACCAUGGUGCCUCUGGUCAUUCAGAGUCAUUGUCUACUAAGUCAUGUGGAGCAUUGAGACCUGUCAAUGGCGUUAUUAACACUCUUCAGCCUAUCUUGGCAGACCACAUUCCAGGUGACAUCUCUGAUGCUGAGGAACAAUUACAAAAAAAGCAAAGACUGAAUCUAGUUUCUUCAUCAACUGAUGGCACCUGUGUGGCAGCCCGAACACGUCCUGUACUGAGCUGUAAGAAACGAAGGCUUGUUCGACCCAACAGCAUCGUUCCUCUUUCCAGGAAGGUUCACCGGAACAGCACAAUGCGCUCUGGCUGUGACGUGAACCCCUCCUGUGCGCUGUGUGGCUCAGGCAGCACCGUCACCGUGCCCCCGGAAAUUCACUACGAAGCCCCUCUGUUGGAACGCCUUUCCCAAUUGGACUCUUGUGUUCACCCAGUUCUAGCAUUUCCAGAUGAUGUUCCCACAAGCCUGCACUUCCAGAGCAUGCUGAAAUCUCAGUGGCAGAACAAGCCUUUUGACAAAAUCAAACCUCCCAAAAAGUUUUCACUUAAGCACAGAGCACCCAUGCCAGGCAGCCUGCCGGAUCCAACUCGUAAAGACAGGCACAAGUUGGUCAACUCCUUCCUAACAACAGCCAAGCUGUCCCAUCACCAAACCCGGCCUGACAGGACCCACAGGCAGCACUUAGACGAUGUGGGGGCCGUGCCUAUGGUGGAGCGAGUGACAGCGCCCAAAGCAGAGCGCUUGCUCAACCCACCGCCACCUGUGCACGACCCAAACCACAGCAAAAUGAGAUUGCGAGACCAUUCAUCUGAGAGAAGUGAAGUGUUGAAGCAUCACACGGACAUGAGCAGUUCCAACUACUUGGCGGCCACCCAACAUCCACCGCACAGUCCCCUGGUGCGACAGCUCUCCACCUCAUCGGACACCUCGGCACCCACCAGCUCUAGCCCACAGGUUACGGCCAGCACGUCUCAGCCAGUGAGGAGGAGAAGGGGAGAGAGCUCAUUCGACAUUAACAACAUUGUCAUCCCGAUGUCUGUUGCUGCAACAACUCGUGUAGAGAAACUACAAUACAAGGAAAUCCUUACCCCCAGCUGGCGGGAGGUCGAUCUUCGGUCUCUGAAGGGGAGUCCUGACGAGGAGAAUGAAGAGGUCGAGGAUCUAUCUGAUGCAGCCUUCGCCGCCCUACAUGCCAAGUGUGAGGAGAUGGAGAGGGCUCGGUGGCUGUGGACCACAAGUGUGCCACCCCAGCGGCGGGGCAGCAGGUCUUACAGGUCAUCAGAUGGCCGGACGACCCCUCAGCUGGGCAGUGCCAACCCCUCCACCCCCCAGCCCGCCUCCCCUGAUGUCAGUAGUAGCCACUCUUUGUCGGAGUUCUCCCACGGUCAGUCCCCGAGGAGCCCCAUUAGCCCGGAACUGCACUCGGCGCCCCUCACCCCUGUGGCUCGGGAUGCUCUACGACACCUGGCCAGUGAAGACACCCGCUGUUCCACACCGGAGCUGGGGCUGGAUGAACAGUCCGUCCAGCCGUGGGAACGGCGAACCUUCCCCUUGGCGUCCAGUCCCCAGGCGGAGUGUGAGGAGCAACUGGAUGCACAGGAACGGGCGGCCCGCUGUACUCGGCGCACCUCAGGCAGCAAGACUGGCCGAGAGGCAGAGGUGGCCCCCACCUCGCCCCCCGUUGUCCCCCUCAAGAGUCGGCAUUUGGCGACAGCAGUCACAGCUCCGCGUCCAACUCACAGAUGAGCGGGAUACGAGAAUCUAAACAGACUCACUAACUAUUGGCAUUAAAGCUUCAGAAAUCUC